AUGUCGAUGAACGACGGUGAAGUACAUCUAUUACCUUUAAUUGAUAAUAAUGAUUUCGAUAGUUCAUCAAGUGAAACAGAAGAUGAUGAUUCUAUCGAAGUCUUGUCAAAUGUGGAUGAAGAAGAGAACAAAAUUAUUGAUAUGACAAAAUAUUCAACAUUUAGCUCCGAUGAUGAAUCGGAAAUUGAUAAUAAUGCUAAUGAUAUUAUAUUAAUUGAUAAUCAUGUUGUUCAAUGCUGUAACACUAAUGAUCGUAUUCAAAGUUCUGCACUUGAUGGUACAUGUUUAGAUUCUGGUUCUGAUGUAUCAGAUGAUGAUGUAAAUGAAAAUCACUUAUCCAAUGAAUGUACCACUAAUUCAACAUCAUAUUCAUUACCAGUUGCAACUGACGUCAAUGGAUUUAAUAAUGAUACGAAAAAAACUUCAAAACAUAAACCUCGUCAGCGGUCGAUUGUUGAAAAGCUUAAUGCUAUUAAUACUUUCAAAUCUAAUGGAAGUAAACAUCGAACUGCUGUUAAACAUGGCUGUACAACAGCUCAAUUACGAAAAUGGUUGAAGUGUGAAAAUGAAUCAAAUCGUCAUCUAAAUGCUGAUGUUAUUUGCGAUUUACGUAAAAAAAGAGUAGUAGUUGCUAUUAUACCAAAAGGUUGCACCAUGUAUCUGCAGGUGCUUGAUGUUUCUGUUUUUUCAGUUUUUAAGAAUCAUUACGACGCUGUUGUCGAAGAAUAUAUUGAUCACAAUGGACCAAGAAGUAAAAUAAAACUUACAGCAUCUCAAUCACGUAUUCUUUGCACCAGAUUUACAUGA